AUGAAUGAUAUAUAUGUAGUGUCGAGGUCUGAACUUUUCCAGAAAGUUGAUAAUGUUACUAAUGAUGACAGCAUACUAGAGCCGAUUGAAUUUGAUAUUAAAGAGCCGGAAGUAUUGGAAGAAGGUGAUGGAGAGGCGAGUACAGAGUCAUUUGAGUUCUUUCCACUGUUUUCAAAUAGCGAUCUGACGAAAAUUGAUCUGAAUACGUUGGAUGAGAAGGAAGAAGAGAUAGUAAUUGAAAAUAAGAGGCCCGAUAGCUAUUAUUUUAGUAAUUGGAGCACACAUGAGAAAUUAGAUUUUGCUAAGGUUGCAGUAAGUUACGAUGAUGUGAUAGGCCAGGGUGUUAUGGGUAGAUAUGCUCGGUAUAACGAGCGUCUGAUUGAUUUACACGAAUAUAACGGCAGAAUUGAUAAUGUUUUAAAACGAGAUAGUAAGUUACGGAAGAGAAAGCCUGGUAAGAAUCAAAGAAUGGCCAGGAAAUUGGCGAUCGAACGUCAAAAGGAGCGUGAUGAAAUGGAGAUUAAAAUAAGAAGACAGCAGAAGAAGAAGUUUCAUAAAAGAGGUGGUAAAAAGAAUAAGAAGAAGCCAUUCAAUCCCUUAGCAAAUGCAGGCGCAGUACCGUCAUAA